GUGGUAGUGGUGGAGGAGAAUUAGAGGGGCAGGCGUGUGAAAUUUUUCUUUUUUGGUUUGUUUUUUGUAUUUCAGGUGUGCGCACCUCUGUCACUAAAAUCCGGGUAUUUUCUCCCUUGCUCUCUUCCCUCCCCACCCCCCGCAAUAGCGGACGGAACCGGAAAAGGGUUGCCGGAGGCCGCUUCCGCUUAGCGAGCGGCGAAGGUGAUCAGGUGACCUUUUCCAGCUGACUGUAUGAGUAGGUGGAGGCGAGAGGCAGCGACUGGCAGCUUCGAAGCCAGAAGCGAUUGGCCUGGGGUUAUAGCUGCUGCCUCCGGACAAGGACCACCAGGAUGUCAAACAAAGACCGCAUCGAUAUCUUCCCUUCGCGAAUGGCACAGACCAUUAUGAAGGCUCGAUUAAAAGGAGCACAGACAGGCCGAAACCUCCUAAAGAAAAAAUCUGAUGCCUUGACUCUUCGAUUUCGGCAGAUCUUAAAGAAGAUCAUUGAGACCAAAAUGCUAAUGGGUGAAGUGAUGCGAGAAGCUGCUUUCUCACUUGCUGAGGCCAAAUUUACAGCUGGCGACUUUAGUACCACUGUUAUUCAGAAUGUGAACAAAGCCCAAGUGAAGAUUAGAGCAAAGAAAGAUAAUGUAGCAGGUGUCACCUUGCCAGUGUUUGAACAUUAUCAAGAAGGAGCUGACAGUUAUGAAUUGACUGGUUUGGCCAGAGGUGGGGAACAACUGGCCAAACUGAAGAGGAACUAUGCCAAAGCAGUGGAGCUGCUGGUGGAACUAGCAUCUCUGCAGACUUCAUUUGUUACACUGGAUGAGGCCAUUAAAAUAACAAACAGACGGGUGAAUGCCAUUGAGCAUGUGAUCAUUCCCCGGAUUGAACGUACACUUACGUACAUCAUCACAGAACUGGAUGAACGAGAACGUGAAGAGUUUUAUAGAUUAAAGAAAAUACAGGAGAAGAAGAAGAUUCUUAAAGAGAAAACACAGAAAGAAUUGGAGUCACGGAAAUCAGCCGGAGAAGUGUUGGAGCCUGCUAAUCUAUUGGCUGAAGAGAAAGAUGAAGAUCUUCUGUUUGAGUAGUCCUUCCUAUUCUAUAGUCUUCUUUGAGACCUUGGUUUUGUGAUUUUCUUAUAAUACAUGGUAUCCAAGUUCUGUAUGUAAUGGGGCUAUUUGUUAUAGCCCAAGUUUCACUAAUUGCUAUUAAGUUAUUGGGAUUAUUUGGAGAGAUUAUGAUUAUAACCAUCAUUUGUAGGACCUACAACUGGUAACUGACCAGCCCAGGAAACCUGUAGAACCUAGAUAUUUCUCCCCUUCUUGGUCUGUGUGUGUAAGCAGAGUUGUGUUUUAUGGUCUAAUCAUAUUUGAAAAACAUCCCUUUGAAAAUAGCAGUAACUCAUGCUUAUAUGUAGUCUGACUCCUACAUACACAGCCAUUGGUUUGAUCUACUUUCAACCUCUGCUUUUGUCACCCUGGUGCUUCACUCUGGUAUUGUAUGAAUAGCUUUACAUCUUUUUUUCUUGCAUGGCUGGUCUCAGUCCUAUGGAAGAAGACUUUCCCCUUCAUUAUGAAAGAAAUUCUACCAAUUCCUCUGUAACUAUAGUAUAAGCAGAGUAAAAGAAUUUAAAAGUGA